GCAAUUAAUUAUUUUAAGAUUCAAUCAAAUUCGAUUGUUUAUUAUCAUGGGAUAACUAGAUCUCCUGAGAAUGGAAAUUAUAUUAUAGUAAUGAAUAGUCAUCCAGAAGGAGAUUUAAGAAAUUAUUUAAAA